UUAUCCUAACCAAACUUUGUGUUUGUAUUUUUAUGUAUUUAAAUUCGUCUUACAAAACUGUAAUUAGGUACUGUUGAACUAUUUUUAAAAGUGUAAGUGACUAAAAAGUGACAUAAAAAUAGACAAAAUUUAUAUUAGGUGUAAUUCAUGAGCCAAAUGUUAUGAAAACAUCAUGUCUUCACUUCUAUCAGCUGAGCUCUCUGCAACUUGCAAUGCUUUAGGAACUUUUGAUAAAAGAACAGGAAAAUACCUAAUCGAUGAAUAUACUUUAAACACUGUAAAAGAUUUAGUGAGAUACUUACGGCGGGAUGGAGAAGAUCAUGAAAUCCGCCGGCAUUUUGGUCAAACAAAAGUGUUACAAACUGACCUUCUUCCUAUGCUAAUUGACCAUUGGGAAAAUACAGAAUUAUUUGAUGUUACAUUAAGAUUACUAGUGAACCUUACAAAUCCAGCUCUUUUAUUAUAUCGAGAGGAAGUACCGGUUGAACGCACCGCUCGAUACAACUACCUACAAAUUUUAUUACAUCUACAAUCUUACAAGGAAGAAGCAUUUACUAAAGUUGAAACAUGGACAGUUUUUGCUAAAAAGCUUACUAAGAUAUUGGAAGUUGACUGGAGUGAACGAGAUGAAGAUACAGGCCUUAUAAUAGAACGAAUAUUGAUUCUAAUAAGAAAUGUGCUUCAUGUACCAGCAGAUCUGGACAAGGAGAGAAGACCUGAAAAUGAUGCCAGUAUUCAUGAUCAGGUGCUGUGGGCAUUAAACCAAUCUGGAAUCUUAGACAUCAUCCUUUAUAUGUCAUCAGAGAAUGAGAAACAAUACUUUAUGCAUAUUCUUGAGAUCAUAUCUCACCUACUAAGAGAGCAGAAUCCUUCUAGCUUGGCUGAUGCAGCCUUACAGAGAUGUGUUGAUGAGAAAAUAAGGGAUGAACAAGAGCUACUCUCUUUGAGAACAUUAGAAAAUAAAGAGAGGCUUAAUAAAGUUAAACAAUUUUCAGCAACAAGACAUUCUCGUUUUGGUGGUACAUAUGUUGUUCAAAAUAUGAAAUCGAUAUCUGAUAAUGAACUGAUAUGUAUGAAACCUCUAAAUAAAAUAGCCAACCUGGAUUUUAAUGGUAGUAAAAAAUCGAAAUAUGUCAAACCAAAGAAUAGAAGGCCGCUGGAAAGUGGAGUGCUAGAAAGAAGAUCAGCAUUUGCUGUGAGAUUAUUUUUGAAAGAGUUUUGUAUUGAAUUCUUGAACAGCUCGUACAACCCUCUUAUGCAUUAUGUCAAGGAUGUUCUAGUAAGAGCCAAAGCGCAACAAAAUGAUGAAUCCUACUACUUAUGGGCGGUAAAGUUCUUUAUGGAAUUUAAUAGAGGCCACAACUUUCAAGUUGGCCUUGUUAGUGAAACAAUGUCGGUGACCAUGUUCCAUUAUGUUCAACAACAAAUGGAAAAGUAUUACGACAUGAUCAAAGUUGAAAAGAAGAAGUACAACUCUUGGGUUAGACGCCUACAUCUGUCUCUCAAAGCUUACAAAGAACUGCUAAAUACAUUAUUGGCUAUGGAAAAAAGUAAUGACCCAAGUGUUAAAGAAUCUGCAAAAGUAUUGAAAAGCAAUAUCUUUUAUGUUCUGGAGUACAGAGAAUUUAUUCUCAGUAUAUUUUUAAACUAUGAUGAUAACAAAAUGCCAAGGUCUUAUUUAAUUGACUUGAUUGAAACAGUCCAUUUGUUUUUAAAAAUGUUGGAGCACUAUUGUAAGAAAACAGGAUUAGUUGUACAGAAAAAAGUCAGAAGGAAGAAAACUAAAAAGCAGAAGCCACGCAAGGCUACAGCUCAAGCGGCCAAGCGCCCAGCAGAAGCGCCGUGGGAGCAGGCCCGGCCGCAGCUGGCCAGCGUGCUGGCGGCCCGCGUGCCGCACGUGCCGCCCUUCGACGCCGCCUCUGAGCUGCCCAUAGACCAGCAGAAGGAAGAUUGCAUGAAAAAUAUUCAAAAGUUAAUGCGUGGCCAUAAAUUUGAAGACGCGGUCGGAAUGUUCAGAGCUGCAAGAGAGGUUUGGCCUGAAGAAGGAAUAUUUGGCGUAAGUGGUAUUGCGGAAGAUGAAGAACUUGACAUGUUAGAAACAAUCUAUAACACUGACUUGGGGGUAGAAAUCACAGUUCCAGAAGAGGAAACCAAUGAAAACGAAGAAAAUACUGAUGAGUAUGAUGACGAAGAAGAAGAAGAGGAAAGAUCAACAGCUAUUGAAGAAACGGAUUUUGAUUUUAAAGACUUCGUAUUAAGGUUUUGCCAUCCAAGAGUAGUAAGCGCGUGUGUAUACAUUUUGGAGCGUUACGACAAAAACUUGCCUCACACCAACCACUGCGCUAUCAAGAUGUUACACCGCAUAGCUUGGGACUGCCAGCGACCUUCUAUGAUGUUUCAGGCCACUUUAUUUUUAAUAUUCCAAAGGAUUCUCGCCAAUCCAAUGCCUAUGUUCAAGGAAUUAGAAAAGUUCGCCAUUUUUAUACUGAGAAAGUUCACAGAGGUGGCUUCAAAGAAUACAAAAGUAUUUAUAGAACUUCUUUUCUGGAAGAAUUCUAAGGAUUCCGCCGAAAUAGAACAUGGAUAUACUCUUUAUACGGACCAAAAAGACAAGCCAGGAAAGGGUUUCUGGUCUGAAGAACAAGAAGAGGAACUCCGCUCGCUUUAUAUGGAGAACCAGAGAAACCCACAGACAGACGAAGAUGUCAUCGACUGGAUCUUGGACAAUCUGAUAGACAAGACGCGCACUCGUCGCGGCGUUAUCAGCAAACUCAAAGAACUGGGCCUUAUAUUCCGUGCACCUACUAAACGCAGCAACAAGGAGGCUGGGAGGGAUCGAGUGCCUAAGGAGUUCAGCGAAGAGGAGGAUGAACAGCUAAGAGCAUUGUGGGACCAAUAUCAAGAAACCGAAGAUCCAAUGGAUGUAAUAAUGUGUCGUAUGCCGAGGAAACGAUCGAAACGUAGUUACGUCGAUAGACUGGUUGAACUCGGCGUCGUGCGAGACAAGAAAGAAUGUCGCCGAAAAAGACGCAAAAAAGCUAAGAGCUCCGGCGACAACGAUAAUUCGCGCGGUAACUCAUCCGGUUCGGAAUCGUCCGACCAAUCAGAGAGCGAGGACGACGGCCGCAAGUCUAGGCCGAGCUCGCCGCCGCCCGCUGCGAAGAAAGCCAAGAAAAAACAAAACAAAACCAAACCUCCCAAGAAUAAAAAGGAAAAGGCUUUUACACUCAGUGCUAACGAAAUUGCUAAGCUUUUGGUACGAGCUGUGGAUGAGGAUUUGACUGAGGGCCUGAAAUGGCUGGCCGAGAACCUAGAAGAAGUGGCACUGGACCAAGAGGCCGAUGGUUUCGACCCCAGCGCGCCCGACACUCCGCUAGUGCCGAUUUCUAGCGGAUCCAUUGAAGCUAUGGAGAACGACUUGUUUAGAAGCGUUCUGAAGGGCGUGGGGAUACAUCCGCCUGACAAUGAACAGGAAACCUAUUGGAGGAUACCUAGCGAAUUGCACUUCGAAACUAUUCGAAAAAGGAGAGAGAUCAUCGUGAAAGCAAUCAACAAAGAACUUUUGUUAGACCCAACGUCAGCCAAUGAAAACGCUGACGUGUCAAUGCAAAAUGCACCACAAAAUGACACAUCGAGCGAUGACGACGAUAUUUUCGAUAACUUAAGAAAAAUGCGCGAGAGUACUGAUGUUGCUUAUGAAAGUAAUUCGACAAAAGCUGUAACGUCUAAUCGCAAAAGAAGUCGUAGCGUCGAGCCGGAGGAUGCGACCGGUAAAGCGAAAAUGCAGAAAAUUAAUGAAAAAGACGAAGAUGAUGACGACGACAUUUUGUCGUUUGCUAAGAAAACGCUGCAGCACGAUGACUUGCCUGACACCGAAGACAUACUAGGGAGUAUUGAAAAAAUAUUGAGCGAUGACAGUGAGAACGAAGAAGUUUUGCUGGCAAAACCUGACAAAAAGAGGCGCCGCGUUAUUAUCGAUGAUGACUCUGACUAAAUAUCAUGUUAUUUGUAAGAAGUGUAUGGUGUAUGUAAGUAAUAAAUAUUUUAUACACCUGU